AAACAUCGUAGAUAACGGCAAUUCCCCGCGUAAUUGAGCAGUCUUCUCGAUUGAUGGGUCCUCCCAACACCACGCGCUCUCACUGCGCGAUUUCCCAGAAAGAGCAGGCCUACCUAGUCGACACACAGACAUGCGAAGAAAGAAGGAAACGGAGCGAAACGGAACGGAAACGAAACGAAACGGUCCCACCAACUAAACCCAAACCCAGACCCUCUAUAACUCAGACGAAAGCUCUCUGACUCGCCGUAGACUCACUGCAGCCGUCCACAAGAGAAGUCGAACAAGCACUCUAAUUCUUCGCCGAUUGAUUUGGAGGAGGUCAGCGGCUGAGUCGAAUGGCCUCGGAGGAGAAGCGAAUUGCGGUCGAGCUCUCGUACCCUAUUGGACUCACCGAGCAGGUUUGCUCGGCGGCGGACGACGCCAAGUCGUUCAAGCUGGAGUGCAACGAGGUGGGCAAGUAUGCGGAGCGGCUUAAGCAGAUGCUCCGGACCCUGGUCCGUUUCCCCACCACAACGCCGUCCCUCUACGAACGCCCGAUUUGGCGAGUGAUUGGCGAGGUCUCCAAGAACCUGGACCGUGCCCUAACACUAGUCCGCAAGUGCAAGCGCCAGAGCGUCCUCCGCCGCGUCGUCACGAUCGUGACCGCCGCCGAUUUCCGCAAAGUCUUCGGCCUUCUGGAGUCGUCCAUAGGCGACAUGAAGUGGCUCCUCAGCAUCUUCGACUCCGAAAACGCCAACGGAAUCGUCCUCUCUCUCCCACCAAUCGCGAGCAACGAUCCAAUACUCGCCUGGGUUUGGUCCUACAUAGCUACGCUCCAAAUGGCGCAGCUCACUGAACGAGUCGAAGCCGCGAACGAACUCGCCUCGCUCGUCAAAGAUACCGACAGGAACAAGAAGAUAGUCGUGGAGGAAGGUGGAGUCCCUCCAUUGCUGAAGCUCCUGAAGGAGGGCACGUCUCCGGACGCGCAGGUCGCGGCGGCGAGCGCGCUUCACAGCCUGGCGGACGAGCAGGACCGAGUGAGGAGUAUCGUGAACGAGCUUGGGGUUCAGAUUAUAGUGCAGGCCCUCGGGGACUCGCCGAUGAGGGUUCAAUCUCAGUUGGCGAGCCUGGUGGCUAGGAUGGCCGAGCACGACCCUCUCGCCCAAGAGGAUUUCGCCAGGGAGAACGUGAUAAGGCCGCUCGUGACGAUCUUGUCGUUCGAGACCUUUGCGGACGACCACAGAGAUCAACAACUGGGUAAGCAAAGCAUUCAUUCCAUUGUUCAAAUUAACAAGGAGAUGGAGAAGAAAUCACUAGCUAGACCCAGUAGUAGACAGUAUUCGAAUUCAAGUGCGAGUUCCAACUCGCAUUACUAUUACAGUUAUUAUUACAAUUCCGAGGGGAGUAAGCAUAGGAGAGAGAGGGAGAACGAGAGGCCGGAAGUGAAGCUUGGUUUGAAAAUUAGUUGUGCUGAGGCUUUAUGGAAGCUUGCGAGAGGGAGUGUGGCGAAUAGUAGGAGGAUAACAGAGACGAAAGGGCUGCUUUGUUUGGCGAAGUUGGUGGAGAAAGAAGAAGGAGAGUUGCGAUACAAUUGCUUGAUGACCAUUAUGGAGAUAACGGCUGCAGCCGAGUCCGAUACUGACCUUAGACGUGCAGCAUUCAGGACUAAUUCACCGGCUGCCAAGGCUGUCGUGGAUCAGCUCUUGAGGGUGAUGGAAGAGCGGGACAGCCCGGUGUUGCAAAUCCCGGCUGUAAAAUCGAUUGGUUCUUUGGCUAGGACGUUUCCUGCCAGAGAGACCCGGGUCAUCGGUCCCCUAGUGAUUCAGCUUGGUCAUAUGAACCUGGAUGUAGUUGCUGAAGCUGCCAUUGCGCUGGGCAAGUUUGCUUCUCCUGCCAAUUUUCUUCGUAUGGAGCAUUCAAAGACGAUAAUUGAGUUCAAUGGUGUGCCUAAUUUGAUGAGAAUGCUAAGGGGCAAUGAACGGACACUGGUGCAUGGUUUGAUUCUCCUUUGCUACCUUGCAUUACAUACGAGCAACAGUGAAGCUUUGGAACAAGCUAGGGUGUUGACUACGCUCGAGGGGGUAGACCGUAAUGUGGUUGCCCAGGAUCCUGAAUUGAGAGAAUUGGUGUCCAAUGCCAUACGCCACCUCAAUGUGUAUCAUGCCGGAACCCUUUCUCAAAUGAAUACUUUUGUUCCCUGAA